AUGUGCGCGGGGGCCAUGGCGCUGUGGCGGGGGCUGCGCUGCUGCCGCCGCGCCCUCGCCUGGCUGCCCGUGCUGCUCAUCGCGCUGCUGCUGCUCUGGUCCUACUACGGAUACGUCUGCGAGCUCUGCCUCGUGACUGUGAGCAACCCUGUGGAGAAAGUGGCCUAUCUUGUAAUAUUCCAUAUUCUCUUUGUGCUCUUUGUGUGGACAUAUUGGAAGUCUGUUUUCACUCUCCCAGUGCAGCCAGACAAAAAGUUCCACAUGUCCUACGCUGACCAGGAGCGCUACGAGAACGAGGAGAGGCCGGAGGUGCAGAGGCAGAUCCUGGCCGAGAUCGCCAGGAAGCUGCCGGUGUACACGAGGACCGGGAACGGAGGUAUUCGGUUCUGUGACAGAUGCCAGCUGAUCAAACCCGAUCGUUGUCACCACUGCUCCGUCUGUGCCAUGUGUGUGCUAAAAAUGGAUCAUCAUUGUCCGUGGGUGAAUAACUGCAUUGGAUUUUCUAACUACAAAUUCUUUCUACUGUUCUUAGCCUAUUCUUUGUUGUAUUGCUUGUAUAUUGCUGCAACAGUCUUCAAGUAUUUCAUUAAGUAUUGGACAGGUGAACUGACCAAUGGCCGGUCCAAAUUUCACAUCCUCUUCCUCCUCUUCGUGGCAAUCAUGUUCUUUGUGAGCCUCAUGUUUCUGUUUGGAUACCACUGCUGGCUCGUCAGCAGAAACAGAUCCACCUUAGAGGCUUUCUCGGCUCCGGUGUUUCAAAACGGCCCAGAUAAAAAUGGAUUCAAUCUUGGCUUUGUAAAGAAUCUUCAGCAAGUGUUUGGGGAAGAAAAAAAGCUCUGGUUGCUGCCUAUUGCCUCAAGCCAGGGGGAUGGACAUUUUUUCCCCAUGAGAGCCUCGUGCGAAGCUCGGAACCCUCUCCUGGCAAAUGAGGAGCAGUGGGAGGAGGAUGGAAUAGAUGAAGAGCCCCAGGGUUCUGGUGAGGCCUCAGCCCUUGUCAUAGAAAGGGAGACAUAGCAGAGUGGAGAUGCAGCUGGAUAAAGCUUGAGCACAAAGAUUUCAGCUUCCCUCUCAGGAGCCAACACCUUCUCUUGACAUGGACUUCGGAUUUGAGGGGCAGAAAACAAGUGGAUCUUCAAGAUGA